GCAGCAGCAAGAUCCGGCUGAACCCCGAAAUUGACGAGACGUUCAAGCUUAAGGGCUGGUUUGAGAACGAAGGUAUCAACCUCGAGUCCAUGUCCAUCUCUAAGCGGACCGAUCGGCUCGUGAAGUUCAAGACCUUCGCCGAGGCCAAGCUGGAGAACAUCGGUGCCGGCGGCGAGGCCGGCUACUACAGCGUCUGCGCCACCGUGCUGCAGCUCAAGUCGGAGAACUGCCUCUACCAGUCAUGCCCGAACGGCGACUGCAAGAAGAAGGUGCUGGACCAGCAGGAUGGCACGUUCCGGUGCGAGAAGUGCAACCAGGCGUUCCAGGAGUUCCGCUGGCGGCUGCUCGUGCAGAUGAACGUGGCGGACAUGACGGGCAACCAGUGGGUCACCGCCUUCCAGGAAACGGCCGAAUCCGUGAUGGGCGUGUCUGCAGAUGAGCUGGGGCGCCUGCGCGACUCGGACAUGGAGGCCUUCAUGCAGGUGUUCAGCAGGGCCAACUUCAAGCAGUUCAACAUGACGCUGCGCGCCAAGAUGGAGACGUACAACGACGAGUCGCGCAUGCGCGUUGUGGUCUCGUCAGCGACGGCCGUGUCGUCCGAUUUGGAGGCCCACAAGCGGCGCCUGCAGGAGGAGAUCACCGCCUUGGGGGGCCGGCUCGACAGCGUUAAGAUGAGCGUGGACUAAGGAGGAGCGGACCGGACGUUUGGACCGUGCUGGGCGGUCCGUGUGCGUGGCGGUUGUAACGAGACGCGGCCGAGCAGGCCGGUUUGAGAGGGCCCGCCGGUCGUGGUGAGAUUGGCUGGGCUGGGCGCCAGGUCGAGGCAUCACGCUUUUGCAGCCUUUUGCCGAGUGAAGCGGACGUUAUUGGUUUGAGCCGUUUGCGGUGUUUUUCUCAGCACGUCGCAUGCGGGAAGCCCACAGUCGGCAUUUCGGAAUGAUCAGAGCUCCGAGUGAUGAUGGCCGGGGUUUCUGUACAUUCUUUGUCAUUGCGUGAAUGCGGACUUUGGAACAGUCGUGCAGAUGCCCUCUUUCUGGGAAACGUGAGCUAGUCUUGGAUGUCGCUGAAAACUUUCCAGCUGUCUCCUUUUUGUCCACAUUCCGCGCUGGUUUUGUGCCAGGUGUCACGUGACGGACUACUAAGUUGAGUUCACGACUAAGACAAUACUAAGUUCACGCACUCUGAACUUCGGUUGUCAGGCAUGACAUCCGCGCUAUGUAAUGCGUAGUGUUUUGUAAUAAAGCACGCAUGCCGUUAAUA